UUGGGCGUCGCGUCUGACUCACGUAGUCCUCCUUGACAAGUGUGUAAUGUUUUUCCGUGGGAGUUGUUGUCUGUGAAUGAUUUGAUCAGUUUAUCGGAUAUGUAAACUUAUUAGGGCCAAAAGGAGCGUUUCUCGUAGGGAGAGAUUCCAAAUAUUUCCAUCAUGGGGCAAAAAAGGCUAAGAAGUUUGUUGAUUUUCCUUGCUGCUGCAGUUUUCCAAGCAUCAGCUCUUGUUCAAUCUCCCCCUAGAAUUGUUAAACAACCACCUACUGAUGAAUUGUUGUUUCAAGUAGUGACUCAACAGAAUGAAAAUGAUAAACCUUUCAUCAUUGAAUGUGAGGCUGAAGGGGAGCCUGCUCCUAAGUACCGUUGGAUCAAAAACGGCAAACCAUUUGAGUGGCAAGCCUAUGACGACAGAAUGUCACAACAGCCCGGCAGAGGAACUUUAGUUAUAACAUCUCCAAGAGAUGAAGAUUUAGGGCAGUACCAGUGCUUUGCUGAAAACGAAUGGGGUGUUGCUACCUCUAAUUCCGUAUUUGUACGUAAAGCUGAGCUCAACUCAUUUAAAGAUGAGCCGACAAAAACUUUAACUGUCACUGAAGGCGAACCUUUCCGUUUGACCUGUCAGCCUCCUGACGGCUGGCCGAAGCCUAAUGUGUAUUGGCUCAUCCAGAAUUCAGAUGGUGGCAUCAAAAGCAUCAACAACUCUCGAAUGACUCUUGAUCCUGAAGGAAAUCUCUGGUUUUCGAAUGUCACUAGGUUUGAUGCUAGUGAUGAAUUUGCAUAUGCAUGUGCUGCUACUUCCAUUUUCAGAAAUGAAUACAAACUAGGUAACAGAGUUCUACUGAAUGUUCUUGCCACUGGUGUCUCUUCUGCUCAAAAUAAACACGAACCUGUGCGACAAUAUGUCUCAAGGAAAAAUGAAGUGGCUUGGAGAGGAAGAAAAGUGGAAAUGUUUUGCAUAUAUGGUGGAACGCCUCUCCCUCAAAUUGUGUGGAGUAAAGAUGGAAAACAAAUCCUACCAUCUGACAGAGUUACCCAAGGGCACUAUGGAAAAAGUUUGAUAAUUAAACAUCUUACCUUUGAAGAUGAAGGUGCAUAUACUUGUGAAGCAAGUAAUGGUGUUGGCUCUGCAAAAACUUACUCAAUUAACUUGCAAGUCCUAGCUGUGCCAUACUUCACUGUGGAGCCUGAUGUAAUUAAUGCAGCUGAAGAUGAGACCGUCACAUUCAAAUGUGAAGCCUCUGGAGUGCCCGAGCCAGAAAUUAAAUGGAUCCAUAAUGGUAGACCCAUUUCAGAAUCUCCUGUAAAUUCCAGGAGAAAAGUUACUCCUAACAGCAUUACCAUUGAAAAAUUAACCAAAAAGGAUACUGGCAACUAUGGUUGUAACGCCACCAACAGUUUGGGCUAUGUGUACAAGGAUGUUUAUGUUAAUGUUUUAGCAUUGGCUCCGGAGAUAACUGAUCCUCCUAAAGAUGAAGCCACUGUGGAUGGUCGAACAGUAACCUUGACCUGUCGAGUGUUUGGUGCACCCAAGCCUGAAGUGAAAUGGAUUCGUGGAGGCCUGGAGUUGACAGGAGGACGUUACACUGUCAAAGAAAGUGGUGAUUUAGAAAUCAGAGAUGUGAAUUUCUUGGAUGCCGGGGAUUACACCUGUCAUGCAGCCAACAAGUUUGGUCAUGUCGAAAACUCAGGAAGCCUGGCUGUGAAGGAACAUACUCGCAUCACUAAUAAACCAGAAGAUUAUGAAGUAGCAGCUGGAAGCACAGCUACAUUUAGAUGCAAUGCAGUUUCUGAUUCUUCACUACCACUGACUAUUGAUUGGUUAAACAAUGGCCAAAACCUUGAUUUUGAUUCUGAGCCACGAUUUGUGCGAUCCUCAGAUUUCUCCCUUAUUAUUACCAAGACCACUGAAUUGGAUUCCGGAUCAUACACUUGCUUGGCAAGCACUGAUUUGGAUGAAGACCGAGCCUCAGCAACUUUGACUGUUCAGGAUGUUCCCAAUGCUCCUCGUCUGAAAGAUCGUAUUGUCUGCAACAAGAGGGAUGCAUCUGUGUCUUGGCAGCCUAUGGGUGACAAUCGUGCUCCUAUUCUGCGAUAUACCAUCCAAUACAAUACAAGUUUCACUCCAGAUACCUGGGAAGUUGCAUUUGAGUCAGUUCCUGCUACAGAUAUGACCUAUACGGUUGCAAUGAGCCCAUGGGCCAACUACACUUUCAGAGUCUUAGCCUGGAACAAAAUCGGCCCAUCUGUACCAUCACAACAUUCCACUGUCUGCACUACUCAACCAGAUGUUCCCUACAAAAAUCCUGACAAUGUUGAAGGAAAAGGAACAGAACCUAAUAAUCUUGUUAUAACUUGGACUGUCAUGCCCGAAAUAGAGCAUAAUGCCCCUCGCUUUAUGUACAGAGUUUAUUGGAAACGAAAUAUUCCUGGUGAAACAUGGAAUUCAGAUGACAUUAAUGAUUGGCAUAGAAACUACCUUGUAAUUCGUAAUCAACCGACUUUCCAAGAAUACCUUAUUAAAGUGGUAGCAAUUAACCAGAAGGGUGAAGCAAAUGUUGCGCCCAAAGAAGUGGUUGGGUACUCAGGGGAAGAUGUGCCACUCCAAAAUCCCCUGAACUUUACCAUAGAAGAGAUUAUCUCAGCCACAAGUGCCAUGCUUAGUUGGAACAGUGUACCCCCAGAAUCUGUAAGAGGACAUUUCCGGGGCUACAAGAUCCAAACUUGGACUGAUAAGGAUGGUCCUGAAGGCAUGAGAGAAAUAAAUGUGAAGGGAGAUAUCCACCGUGUUGUUGUCAACAAAUUUGUCCCUCAUUCCAAGAACUAUGCACGAGUUCUAGUUUUCAAUGGACGAUAUAACGGUCCCCCUAGCGAUACACUCAGCUUUGAUACUCCAGAAGGAGUACCUGGCACAGUUCAAUCUUUUGAGGCAUUACCAAUGGGGUCUUCAGCACUGUACUUGAUUUGGAAGAAGCCUGAACAGGAAAAUGGAAUUUUGACGGGUUACAAAAUUUAUUACCAAAUGGUGAAAGGUACUAAAGUUGGCACCUUGAUAGAACGUGAGCCUCAUAUUUUAGACCCUAAAGCUACAAGAGCAAAACUCGCUGGGUUGGAGCCCAACACUAAAUAUCGCAUUCAUAUCAAGGCUACUACAAGAGCUGGAGAAGGAGAGGGGUACUUCAUUGAACAGAAGACCAGAGGCUCAGAAUCAAUUCCUCCAGACACACCAAGCUUCAGGUGGCAUCGAAUGCCCUCAGAUAAUGGAUAUGCUAAAAUUAGAGUAACUUGGGUACCCAACCUUGAAGGAAGACCAGGAUCUCAUUUCUUUGUUAAAUACAAACUCCGUGGGGAGACCAAAUAUGAGGAAACUCCAGCUGAGACAAAUGAAGAUUUCAUAAUAUUGGGAGGACUCAGACCAGGAGAAGUGUAUGAAGUCAAAGUUGUUGCUGUUGAUGGUGAAUUUACUUCUGAGAGUCAUUCGGAAGAUGUUGAAACUUUCAGUGUUGAGGGUCCCAUGAUUCAGCCAAAGGAAAAUGUAGCAACUGCUGGAUGGUUUAUUGGUAUGAUGUUGGCUAUUGCCUUCCUUCUGCUUGUCCUGAUAAUAGUCUGCAUUAUAAAGAGAAAUAGAGGUGGGAAAUAUGCAGUACAUGAGCGGGAGGCUGCUCAUGGAAGACAUGAUUACCCAGAAGAACCUGGUUUCCAUGAGUACUCCCAACCAUUGGACAAUAAAUCUCAUGGUCGAGGAUCUAUGGGAAGUGAAUUAAAACAUGAACCUGAGAGUGAUGCAGAUUCAAUGGCAGAGUAUGGAGAUGGGGACACAGAAGGCAUGAACGAGGAUGGCUCAUUCAUCGGACAGUAUGGUCGCAAACAACGACAAGGGGAAACUUCCUCAGCUGGUUUCGCCACACUUGUCUGAUCCAGGACGUUUCACAGAAGAUGGUUCAUUUAUUGGCCAAUAUGUCCCAGGCCCUAAAAAGCGGCCUCAGAAUGAGCAGCCUUCUCCGUCUGCCAUCGCCACAUACGUCUAGUGCACUCCAGUGCAUUUUGUCUCAUUUGCAAGAGAAUGGGAGACUUAAAACUGCUACAGCCUAGCCUACUUCUGUAUAAUUUAAGCAUACUAGGUUACUGGCACUCUUUAUGUUGUGUUUUUCUUUUUAAAUCUAUAUUAUUUUUUAUCUUGGACUGAUAAGCUUCCACAAAGAAGAUAGUUAAUUAUCUUCCUUUCAAUGGGAGUGAAUGACAAAAUUAUUUUCUUACCCUUGGAUGUGAGUUGUCAUGUCAUAGUCUUUUAAUUGUGCACUUAGAAUCUCAAUCAACUCGCCAAGCAUUUUAAAAGUUGUGAAUGCUUUACUAAGUAUUUAUUAUUUUGUAGCUAUAGGAGAAUCAAAUUUUUACAAUCAGAGUACAGAAGUGUUGUGAACAUUUUGGGCAGCUAUUGUAUUGGAAAAGAGUGUCAGUAUCAUUGAGUGGAUGUGUGUGUGCUUUUUAAAAAUACUGCUAGUGUUUUUACAUUGAAUCUAUCUUUAAUGGGGAAUGGUUUCCUCAAAAUCUAUUUGUAUAGACAGAUCACUAAAUGUGAUGCAUUCUUUCAUAUUUUAUUUGUACAGAUUGUUUUGUAGUGCAACUUCUAUCAACAUUGUUUUUGUUGAAUUUGUGACAAAUGUGAUUUCAAACAGUGUAAGAACUUGACCAUCACUGAGGAAGGGUCAAUUAUUGCAUGAAUGAUAGGCGUAAGUGGGUUGGGCAUUAAUACCAAGACACUGAGACAAGUACUUGGAGCAAUAUUCUCCUAUUAUAGCAGAAGGAAAAGAAAGUCAUAUUUUAAAUAUGAAGAAUAUAUUUCUCUAUAUCAAGUAAACUGAUUGUAGACAACUACUCAUGGUAUUGCCAUAUGUACUGAAGUAGAUUAAAUUUAUUUAUUGGUCCAUGGCAUAUCUUGCACUGCUUUGAUUUGGUCAGUUUUUUCAAGCCUUGGAAUAGAAUUUGACUCUGACAAUACUUUGUGACUAAUUUGUGUUCAAUAGUACUUUCAUAAAUGUCUUAAAUUAUUGCUUGGUUGUCCUUAUCUUAUCUUGUCUUGUAUGCUACAGAUUUUGCGCCCUUCUCUCUUUUCUAGAUAUGGUGUACUAAUAAUGUUUGCUUUUAAUGCAAACAUAUAGGACAGAUUUAAUGGGAAUCAUUUUCCCCUCUAGGCAGCUAGCUUUUUCUGCCCCCACAGGGUCUAAAAGGGUAACAGUGUUUUAAUUUUCUUUUUCCCUUUGUUCUUUUUAAUCAUUUGGAUGGUGUGAAUGAACUGAAAAGUUGUGUGCUUGUUGUUUGAGUGUGAGGCUUUUGUGUCAGGGUCUCACUUCUGUGAUGGUUAUAUUAUCUGAUGUGCAGAAAGAAUCUUGGUUUGUUUAACCUGUUAAAUUAUUUCGUUUUCAGUAUUAGACUAUUUGACUGUUAACAAAUAGUCCAAAAUGUUGCAUUUUAUUUCUUAUAUUAUUUAACCGAUACUGUAAAUCAACAAAUCAUGGAAAGGAAAAUAAUUCUUCUCUCCAAAUCAAGUUUAAAGGUAAAUUAUCUACUCAAACCUGGUGCUGUCCAGUUUUCCAUUCUUUAUGAAACACUCCCCUGUGUACUGUUGCUUUUGAAGAAUGCAAGUUAAAGGCUUACAGCCACUCCCUACAUUUGCACUGUUAAGUUAUGAUAGUUAGUUAUUGCACUGUAGUGUUGGAUCAUGAAAUGUUAACUGUCGCCUUUCUGCACAUGGCACUUUGUCUUUGCUAUAUAAAAUAUAUUGUCUUUAUUGCAUAUAAUUUGUUGAUGUACAGUAUAAUACUAAGCUUCUUCUGUAUAUGAGGUAAUAAUGAAAUGUGUGUAAAGUUAAAGUGGAAUUGCAGUAUUUUGUUGAAGAUUUAUCUUUUCAUAUCUUCCUGUUUCAAAGCUUCUGAUCAAAUCUGCAAUAAGAAUAGUGUAUUAUGUUCCACAUUACAUUCUCCACUCAUCUAUUUAACUUGCAAUUGUUCAUUGGCAGGUUACUAUUAUAAGUCAAGUGAUUGCCACAAUGUUAGUCUAAGGACUUACUCAUUUUACGUGAAUCUCAUUGCAUUCUACCAUUUGCAGACUGUUACAGUGAAAAUUGAAUACUCUUAAUUAUGAUCUACGGUUGUUAUCAAAUUGCUUAUUACUAAGCUUACCUGGUUAGAAUGAGUGUACAAAGAUGAUAAAAUUCUUCUAUGUUAAUUUAAAGAUUUUUUUUACUAUUUACAUGCCUCAGUUUUUAUACUCAAGUGGGAAUUGUUAUACAUUGUGUGCUUAAUAAUUGUAUCCAUUAUAUCUUUUGUCUUGUUUAUCUGAAGCCUCUACGUAGCUACCUUGUCCUUCAGUUAUAUUGUGGACCAAUUGGAACCAGGUUGCUGCAAUGAAGCAAUUAGAGGCUUCAGUAAUGAGAACCCCCAUGUGUUCAUGCUCUUCUGUUAUAUUUUUGGCCUUUGACACUUUUUCUUUUGGUGUUGUGUGUGAAUGAAUUGUUGUUCAAUUUAAGAGCUAUGCUUAAGCAGAUCAAUUCCAUCCUAUCAUAUGACAAGUCUGCAAAAUGAAAAUUAUGUUAACUGGAGACAUCACUCCAGAAUAUUACUACUGCUUUUUGAAUUGCCUUAGGUUGCUUUAAAAGCUUCUCUUUCUUUUUUUAAAUAAAAAUUGUUGUUGUUGUGUGUCACCGUGUAUCAGCACAAGUGCCUUAGGCUAGGCAUUAUGUACAGUGCACCAUAAGGUUAAAAAGACAUUAUUUGACUGAAAAGGGGGCAUUGAUAAAUGAGUUUUGCCUGUCAGGAUAGUGAGUCAAUGCUUUUGCUUAAUGUAAAUUUUAAAAGCCUGAUUUGCUGGUAUUUUUAUUUUUAUACAUUUGGAAAUUAUUGGCUUACCAGUAACAAAUCAAAAGUUAUGGUUGCACUAAGCUUAUGUCUAUGUUUUGCAAGAAAACAAUCUAUUCACUUUGGAGUUCUUUUUACAAGGCUUUGAAUGCACAAGUCCUUUUUGGGGCUUCAUACACAAAAAUAAUGUAGGCUUCGGUCUUAAAUAGGAGGUGUUGAACUUUUCUGCAUUUUGCUACUUUUUACUUCAUGCUAUGUGGUAUUUCUUUUUUCUAAAAAAACAAAACCAAAAACAAGAAACAAUUUUUGGUCAAGAAAAACAUUUGAUUAUCCCCUGAUUUUUGGGAUCAAUCUGUGAAGUUUUGCAAAUGUUUGCACUUUGUAUUAUCCGUCUCAUAGAUCUCUGCGAUUUUUUUUUUUUUUUGUAUGUUAUGUGUGAUUAGUAAUUAAUAUUACCGUGUUCAACUUAUUGGUGGACAGUCAUGCACAUUUGUAGCUUCCUUUUUUAUAAGUUUGGUUGGGCCCAUGUUGAAAUCUUCAAUACGAAAUUACUUCAUUUUUUGGUUUAGUUAACAUCACAUUAGCAUUGACAUUUUGGCAUCCAUACUGCUCUUGAGGUCCAACCAGUGUUUGUGUUCUAUGCUUCCAUCUUAACAUUCCUUGCCCUUCUACUGUUAUAUUACCUAGGAAACAGUCUAUUAAAUUAACAGUUUUAAUUUCUUUAGCUUAGUUGUUAAAAAGAAACAUUCUACUUAACAUUGUGAAGGCCAGUCUACUCAGCACCCUUUUAUUUCCCCUUUCCUUUUUUUUUUGUUAAUGUUAUUUCUUUCUUGGUGUAUUUAAUUUGCUCAAAGCAACCAUGGAUCUAAUAUUUUGUCUGUUUUGACACCUGCAAUGUCAAAAGUUUUUGUGCAAUAUUUGUCAUACCAUGUCUGCCAAGCUCUUGACCAAAUUAAAUCUUUACCCCCUUAAUGUUGUAGCACAGAUCGUGUGAAUGUAUGAAGUGGUGGUUUUGUAAUGUGUAGGCUGCUAAGCCUCAAUUUGAUGCAAGCAAAAAUCUACGUGUAGAUAUUUUUUUUAUGUUUUUCAGCCAAAGUCAACUUGAAAAUAAACAGAUGAUACAUCA